AUGGCAAGUUGUUAUAUACCAAUGUAUUCGAUGGGUUAUGGCGCUGACCCACCCGUGAUCGAUGGUCAAGAAUACAUAGACGGCGGCUAUACAAAUAAUUUACCGGAUUUCGAAGAUGUGCGAACAAUAACAAUUUCACCUUUUUCUGGUAACGCUGAAAUUUCACCAUCGGAUAAUGAAAAUUACUUCGAUUGGAAGAUGACUGUGUGUAACCAGACGAUGAAUGUCAAUCUUCAGAACAUUGUUCGAGGAGCACAAGCGCUAUUUCCUCCAUCUCGUGAGGUUCUGGAAGGUUACUAUGAAGCGGGUUUCAAGGACGCCUUCAGGUUUCUUAUCAAACAACGAUAUUAUUGA